CUUAAAAUGUAUAAAUCAAAUAAAAUAUUAUUUUUAAUAUUAAUUAUUAGUAUUUUUAUUCUUUCAGGUCACUCAUAUACCUUGGAAAAAUAUGAUUAUGGUGAAUUUUUUCAAAUUGCCAGUGGUCCUAAUAUUGAUGAAAAAUUUCAAGUAUCCAAAAACCAAUUGUUAAAGUUUAAAUUAAAAAAGGAUAAAAGUGAUUCAUCCGCCGCUUUGUUUAGUAUAACAUCCGAUGAUGCCCAAGAAAAAAUUAUCUUUUACAGUAUAUUUAGAGAUGAAAUUGCAAGUAUUAAAAACUCAAAUGAAACAAAAUGUGAUACUCCUUUAGAAUAUUCAUUAUGUUUAAGUAAUGUAUUUUCUUUUACAGUUCAAAUGGAUAAUUAUCUUUUUGGCGGUGAUUUAAAAAUAUCAAUUCAAGGUUCCCCUGAUGAUUCAGAAUGCUACAGAGAAUCUCCACGUGACAAAGAAUCAAGCAACACCGUCUCAGUGCCAAUUUAUGGAACAUUAACUGAAUUACCAUUAAUUCAACAAGAAGUUAUUAAAACCAAUUAUAAGCAAACCUCUGGAGCAUCAACCUCUUUUGUAAAUGGAGUAUUAAUAUUUUCAAUGGUCGUUCUUUUAUCAUUACAAUUAAUAUAUUAAAUAAAUAUAAAAAACUUUUAAUAAACCAU